CGGUUAAAUGUGCCCUAUUUGGCUAAUGGACGAGUUAAGAAGUCUGAAACCGAAUGGAUUUCCCAAAUUUAUAUUGCAAUUCGAUUCCUACUGGUUCCACCUGCACAGACGUAAAGGCACCAAUAUAUAUCACGAUUUCAGACGAAUUGAGGGACGAUCACCAGUUUGAUCGACUAGGUCUUAUCCACAAAAGUUUGAGAACCAGGAUUCCCGUUUCCGCAGGGUUUGAUUGAUUGGAACCGGGAUGAUGAUGACGGACAAUACUUCGGAAUUGCGGUAUCCGGAGGAGUUAUCUGCAGCCAGCGGUGAAGCUUGUGGGAAGGAUUCUGAUGAUCUGUCUAUAGAUAUCGAUGACCUUUUGAGUAUGCUCGGGGAGAAGGAUUCCGAUAAUUUUCAGAGCAGAUCAGGGGAUUCAUCUUCGAAUUUCAUGCCACAUGUCCACUCUUCAUCAAAGCCUCCAUUUUCAGCAUCGACAUAUGGGCCUGAGACUUUUAAUUGUUUGGCUGGUGCUUCACGUCCUGGUUCAUAUGAAGUUGGCUCUGUUGUUCAUAGUUCAGUUGGGAGCCUGCCUCACUGGAUGCUUCCAGGCAAUGGUAAACUCUGUUCAGAUGCCGAUAGCCCAUCAAAGAGUGAUUCAUCUAAUAUCAAAGAACCAUUAGCAUCAAUUAUAACAGAAUCUUCUGCAGCAGAAUUUGAGAUGCCUUCAUGGGCUGAGCUUUUUGCUGCCUCCACUCAAGCUCAGACUAGAGGUUUAAGUGAAAUUGGAACUUGGACGCAAGAUUCAUCACACAAAUUGUCAGAAGAUAUCCCAUCAUUUCCAUCGCUUGCACAGAAGGAUUUUUCUCGCAAAUUAGGUUUUAGUAUUUUGCCAUGCAAUGUUGGGAAAAUGCACAAUUUAAAGAAUGAAAUACAGGAGCCUUUGGCUCAGUAUAGCAGAACAGACAUCAUCAUUGGCAAUGGGGAUUCAAAAGCAAGUGCAGAUGGAGUUUGGGAUGCUCUUACUGCUGCUGAUACUAAGAUGCUGAAUGUUAACUCUCGUUAUGUUGAAAUGAGGGUCCCUACUCAGCAGCACAUUCAGUCAAGUAGGCUCUGCAAAAAGCUAGAAUGUACAACUGAUCUAAAAUAUGAACCGAUGAAUAGAAACCCAUGUACUGCUGAUGAAACAAUUGUUGCUAAAGAGCUGUCAGAUCCAUAUUCCUCUCACAAUUUCCCUUUCUAUUCAAGCAAGUUGCAUAUGCAUUGUGGAAAUGAUCAAAAGCAAGACGUAUUGUGUGAGUUUGUAAAGCCUGGCCAUCAUUCUAUUAGGCUCAUUGAUGGCACCCCUGAGAGGCCCAUUCUUCUUAGUCAUGAUCCUGAUCCUGAUGUGCAGGUUGUAGAGAAAUAUCAUUCCUUGCCAGUUUCAGUUAAGAAUGAGUUUCACUGCUCUAGAGCAGAGAACAAACAUAUAGUGGCGCCAGAAUUUGACUCUCAUAUGGCAACAUUUACUCCACAAGUAAUUCAAAGUAGUUCAUUUGCUCAAAGAUCUUACACUGCUAUCGACGAUGAUGACGAUGACCUGUGCAUUCUUGAGGAUUUGAGUGCACCUGCACGUCCGAAUCUAUCUAUUCUUAAAGGGAUGCCCUAUGUUACUUCACACCAUGCUGCAUCUAGUGAAAACUUCGCUCAUGUUGGAGUGGGACAAAUGAAGCUCAAGUUAAAUAACGAGCAAUCUAUUUUCGAAGCUGCCUUGCAGGACCUUCCUCAGCCAAGAGCAGAAGAUACACCUCCAAAUGAUGUGUUGUCUGUUCCUCUUUUGAGGCAUCAGAGAAUUGCUUUGGCUUGGAUGGUUAAGAAGGAGACAACAAAUCUACACUGUUCUGGGGGGAUUCUUGCCGAUGACCAGGGACUUGGAAAGACUGUAUCCAGCAUUUCACUAAUACUCAAAGAAAGACCAUCAUCUUUCAGGGCACCUACAUUUAUCCCAAAGCAAACAGAGACAGAGAUGUUGAAUUUGGAUGAAGAUACUGAUGUUGAUUGUCAUUCCUAUAGACAUGGAUCAAGUAAAGGUGUUGAUUCUAAUCAAGGUAAUAGUGCAAGUUCCAUUAAAAAAUCAGUGCUUGCAAAAGGCAGGGCAGCUGCUGGAACUCUUGUUGUAUGUCCAACCAGCGUUCUGCGUCAAUGGUCUGAAGAAUUGCACAAUAAGGUAGCAAGCAAAGCUAAACUUUCUGUUCUAGUGUACCAUGGAAGUAACAGAACCAAGGAUGCUCUAGAGCUAGCCAAGUAUGAUGUUGUAGUCACAACCUAUGCGAUAGUAAGCAUGGAAGUUCCAAAGCAGCGUCUUGUUGAAGAAGAAGAAGAUGAGACAGGAAAGCGAUCUGAGGGUUGUCCUAUGAAACUUCCAUACAGUAAAAAGAGGAAAAACUUUCCUAGCUCAGGAAGUAAAUCAUCGAAGGCUAGAAGGGGGGUGGACAGUGAAUUACUCGACACUGGCACUCGUCCCCUUGGUCGAGUUGUAUGGUUUAGGGUAAUACUGGACGAGGCUCAAUAUAUUAAGAAUCACAAAACACAAGUAGCUAGGGCUUGUUGGGGUCUACGUGCUAAACGCAGGUGGUGCUUGUCGGGUACACCUAUCCAGAAUUCAAUUGAUGAUCUGUAUAGCUACUUCAGAUUUCUCAGAUUUGAUCCGUAUUCAUCUUACAAAAUAUUUUGCUCAUCACUUAAAGUUCCAAUUCAAAAACAUCCAUCGAGUGGAUAUAGAAAACUACAAGCUGUGCUCAAGACCAUAAUGCUUCGUCGUACUAAGAGUACACAAAUUGAUGGAGAACCUAUCAUCAAUCUUCCACCUAAAAGAAUAGAAUUAAAAAGAGUGGAAUUCACAGAUGAGGAACGAGAUUUCUACUGCAAGCUUGAGUCUGAUUCACGUGCACAAUUUGCAAAAUAUGCAGCAGCUGGAACCGUCAAUCAGAAUUACGUUAACAUAUUACUAAUGCUUUUGCGACUUCGUCAAGCUUGUGACCAUCCUCUUCUUGUUGGCGGGUCCAAUUCAAGUUUAGUCUGGAAUUCAUCCGCUGAAAUGGCCAAGAAAUUACCGCAGGAGAAACAGAUUUCACUCCUGAGUUGUUUGGAGGUUUCUUUAGCGAUCUGUGGCAUAUGCAGUGAUCCUCCAGAAGAUGCUGUGGUGUCGAUCUGCGGGCAUGUGUUUUGCAAUCAGUGCAUUUGUGAACACCUAACAGUGGAUGCUACCCACUGUCCUGCACCAAACUGCAAAGCACAUCUUAAUGUUUCUUCAGUGUUCUCCAAAUCAAUUUUAACUGUGGCUUUAUCUAAUCUGCCCCACUCAGUAAAUAAUCCCACACAUGAAACAUCUGAUGUUUCAUCUUCGGGAUGUUCAUAUGAUUCAUCAAAAAUUAAGGCUGCUCUUGGGGUGCUUCAAUCCCUGCCUAAAUCUCGAAGUGGCAAAUUAGGUGGAGAGAAAGCACUUGUGUUUUCACAAUGGACAGGGAUGUUGGAUUUGCUUGAAGCUUGUCUAAAAAAAACUUCAAUUCAGUACAGGAGACUAGAUGGAACCAUGUCUAUUGCUGCUAGGGACAAAGCCGUUAAAGACUUCAACACAAUUCCAGAGGUUUCUGUGUUGAUUAUGUCCUUAAAAGCGGCAAGCCUGGGUCUGAACCUUGUUUCAGCUUGUCAUGUACUCUUACUGGACCUGUGGUGGAACCCGACUACAGAGGAUCAAGCAAUUGACCGAGCACAUCGUAUCGGGCAAACUCAGCCAGUCAAAGUUUUGCGCUUGACUGUGAAAGAUACAGUUGAAGAUCGUAUUCUGGCCCUUCAGGAAAAGAAGAGAGAAAUGGUUGCAUCAGCAUUUGGAGAGGAUGAGAAUGGUGGCCGUCAGACUCGUCUAACUACAGAGGACUUGCAAUACUUGUUCCGGAUCUAAAUCUGCGGUGGCGUCUUUGCAUUUGCAAUCUUUUAGUGGCAGGCAAACGGGCCUUAUCUAUUCACAUUCUUUACUGGCUAACAGUCCGCCGAAGAUGAGAAGAUUCAUUUUUUGGGGGGAAACUCGCAUGAGAUAGCGUUCGUCUAACAAUUCAUUGCCUUGUAUUUGAAGAGUAGGUUUUAGGUGUGAUCGUAUAUUGGUCGAGGGUAUAGUGGUGGAGUUUUAGAUUGAUAGUGCUUUCGGUUCAACCUUUCUCUGCAUAGGCAUUGUUGAUGCGAUUUUUCUUUCUUUUCACAUAGCAUAAUGUAACUAAGCAUAUGAAAACAUAACAUCAGACAGUUAUAGCCUUAUAGGGUAAGAGUUAUUUUCAACAAAUGUUUGUCGUUGUUAUUAACACUCUGCGUCGCAAAUAUCAAAGGAAAGUGUAGAAUUUAAUGCAGUCUCCAAAGUCCA